CUCAUAAACCUACGCGCGGCGCAUGCGCGCGCACUUUCGGCCCGGUGACCGACCGGCGCGAACGCACCACACCGGUCAAAAUAUAACGUUAAAACGGUAUUUAAACGGUUUCCGUUUUAAAAUAACGUGUCAAAAAUAAAAGCAAUUGAGAAAAAGUUAAUUUGUAAAUUAAGUAUUUUGACUUAGUUGGUUUAUAAAUUUUAGUAUUUUGACUUAGUUGGUUUAUAAAUUUUAUUAUUUUGACUUAGUUGGUUUAUUGUGACUCAGUGAUUUAUUUUUAUUUUGAACGAUGGAUCCAGAAAAGAAACAAAACGAAGUGACAGUGGACGAUAUUUUGCACGAUUUGGGACCGUUCAAAAAGUUUAAUAUAUGGAAUUAUUUUUUGAUUUUGAUACCGGUUUUUCUGGCUGGGAUGUACUCGUCUGUGUUUAACUUUGAAGUGUUAGACUUGAGUUAUAGAUGUGCAGUCCCCGAAUGCGUUGACAACCCCGACGCUCUAAACUACACUAUCCCGCGGCUCGAAGACGGCAGCUUUGCGAAGUGCCUCCGCUAUGGCACUUUCAGUAAUUCCACCAACAGCUCUUGCUCUGCCGACGCAUUCGAUACUUCUGUAGAACUCGAGUGCGACCAGUAUGUCUAUUUGGAGGAACAUUCUAUUGUCAAAGAAUUCAACCUGGCCUGCCAAGACUGGAAGCGGACGCUCGUCGGCACAGUCCACAACGCCGGUUUCUUCGUAUCCAUACCGCUCACCGGACUGAUAUCGGACAAGUUCGGUCGUCGGUUAGCCGUGGUCUUCGCGUGCGUGUCCAAUGGCGUCUUCGGGCUGAUUCGGGCGCUGUCGGUUAAUUACAAUAUGUUCGUUGUGUUCGAGUUUUUGGAACCUGCGUUUGGAGGCGGAGUUUAUACGGCGUGUUUUGUGCUGGCUCUGGAGCUGGUGGGUCCUAAAGGUCGUGUCCUCGUGAGUCUUCUCUUCAACACCAUGUUCAUCCUCGGAGGCGUCACCGUGACCCUGCUGUCCCUGUGGCUACAGAACUGGAGAUACCUGCUCUUCAUCAUCUACACGCCUGCUGUGUUCGUGUUCCUGUAUAUGUGGAUGCUCACUGAGAGCUUCAGGUGGUUCUUCAGCAAAGGACGCUACGAUGAGGGCCUCCAAGUCUUAAGCAAAGCCGAGAAAAUGAACAACGUCGUUGUCCCGAAAGAGCAUUACGACCAAGUCGAAAAGCAAGCCAUCCAGCAAAGAGAUGCAAGGAAAUGCGAGAGCAUAGCUAGCAACCAAUCAUCUUUCAAGCAGAUUCUGACUUCCAGCAUGAUUUGGAAGAGGGUUUUCACCGUAUCUUUCCUCUGGACUUGUUCUACUUUGGUCUACUAUGGCUUGUCUAUAAAUGCUAUAGAAUUAUCCGGGAAUAGCUACUUGAACUAUAUUGUUGUGAUCGUAAUUGAAGCGCCGGCGAAUGUCUGCAAGCUUAUAUUGUUGGAUAGAUAUGGACGGAAGAGAGUUAUUGCUAUCGCUUUCUUCUUGACAGCUUUGAUACUGAUCAACUAUGGAUUUGUUCCUGCCGGCAUGUGGUCCCUGGUGUUCUACCUGGGCGGCAAGUUCUUCAUAACCCUCGCGUACAACUCAUUGUACGUGUUCGCUGCCGAGGUCUUCCCGACCAACUACAGGACGACGUUGCUCGCGCUGUGUUCAACUAUUGGGAGGACCGGGUCCGCUGUUGCCCCUAUGACGCCUCUUCUGGCGCGAGUGUACGACUACCUCCCAACCAUAGUGUUUGGUGUAAUGGCAGCCAUGUCUGGUCUCCUGGUCCUCACGUUGCCAGAAACCAACAACCAGAAGCUGCCCGACUCGCUCAAGGAGGCCCAGGACCAAGAUAAGAAGGAAAGCCAGGAGGAUAGAGAAGUUAGGGAGACUAGCAAAACUAGGUUAUAACUUAGUCACUAAUAGUGUCCGUGCGGACAAAUCCAUCUGAGGAAUAGGUACCUUUAGCCUACAAAAAAAAUGUAGCUUUCAUGCCUAUAAUAUCAGAGGCGCCACAAGCCUUCAGUAACAAAAUUCUAGGAAAAAUAUGCCAUAUGGCCGAAUGACUCCUAAAGCGAUAGCAAUGGACGCUACUUCGAUUCUAGCCUUGAACAACAGGUUCUAGUUUAUUUUCUUAGUAUAUUACCGUAGUGUUCGGGUUAAUGGCGACCAUGUCUAGUCUCCUGGUACUCACGUUGCCAGAGACCAACAACCAGGAGCCCCAGGACCAGGAUAAGAGAAGGACAGCCAGGAGGAUAGAGAAGUUAGGGUGACUAGUAAAACUAGACUAUAACUUAGUAACUAAUGGUGUCAAUGCCGGCAAAAUUUGUCUAAGGAAUAUUAUAGUGCCUACAGGAGAAUUUUGCUUUCAAGAAAUAAUAUAAUAGCCAGUGUGCGUAGCCGAAUGCACUAAACGUUCACUUCGUAGCUAUCUAUCUCUAUCGCUCUUGCGAAUUGGUGCGACAGAGCCAGACUAACUUUCUGCGGCGUUUCGAUUUCGUUUCGCGUCGCAGAAAUUCCAUUCGGCUACGGGGCCUGGGGACGCCACAAGUCUUCAUUAACUAAUUGCAUAUAUUUGGAAAAAUUGGCCAAGGGCUCAAUGACUCAGACACCGGUGUGUGUGAAAUCUGUGUAUUUUCUUAGUAUAGUUAUUACGGGAAAUUAGAGACACUAGUAAAACUACGUUAUAUCACUUAUAACUUAGGGAAACUAGGCGGUGUUAAUGUGCAAAAUCCAUUUUGGCAAAGUAUCGUAUCAUAAUAUAAGCGUUUCGUCUUAGUUCAGAUAUUUAGACUUAGAUUUCUCUGCAGGGGUUUGGAUAGCACAGGCUUUAUUCAAAUUAUUCAAA